AUGUGUGAUAAAUGGCCAGUUGCUUCGAGUCAUCCAAUAAACAGGGAAGCAGUGGAGCAGGUGGAGAAGUUCAAGUACCUCAGAGUCGUAUUUACUAGUGAUGGAAAAUCUGAGGAAGAGAUCGACCAGCGAAUGGGAAUGGCCAGCUGCUUUCUGCAUGAACUAUCCGAAACCGUUGCGGUUAAAGCAGAGCAGAGUCUAAAAACUAAGGACUCCGUGUUCAAGUGGAUGUUUAUCCUGAAACUCAUCGACGUUCAUAAGCCGUCGGCCAUGACGGAUAAUCUACCACUUCGGUUACAAGCGACUGAACGACAGUGA